AUGAGUGAUUAUAACGCACAGACAGUAGUUCAACUGAAGGAAUUGUUGAAAUCGAGGGGACUUCCACCCCAAGGACUGAAAAAUGAGCUUGUAGAAAGGCUAGUUAAAGACGAUAGCGAGAAGGCGGGAGAAACCACCAGUGAGAAAGAUGGAGAAAAGAAAGAACAAGAUUUACAGAAGGAUGAGCAGGGAGAAAUAGAACAGCCUGAAAAGGAAACAGAAACGAAUGAGAAACAGGAGGAGAACCAGAAGGACUCCGUCGGUACUGAAGGCGGUGCGGAAGACAACGCGGCAAGCGGCACGGAAGCUACUGCACAGGAGAAGACGGAAGUGCCAGCAGCUCCUCAGGAAAAGAAGGAUUACAAGCAGAUGGCAAUUGACUUGUUGAACAAGAAAUUACACAGGGCCAAGAAAUUUGGACAGGCUCAGGAACAGGUCGAUUCUUUGCAAAAACUGUUAGUUCGUAUCGAGAAAUUCGGAUUGGAUCCAAAUAUGCCAGUCGCCCAGGAAGUGGGUAUGGUGCCACCAAGAGUCCAGGGUGCGGGCCCCGGUCCAAAGAACAACGGCAAUAAGAAAUCUAAAAAGCUCUCGAAGAAAUCUCAUAGAAGAAAUUAA